AUGGAGUUUUCUCUGAUCGCCGAUACAGUCGCAGUUUGCACGGCGAAGCAAGGAAUCGCGUUUGGGAAAUCUCUUCUUAAUCGGUGGGAUUUGGUUAAUCACAUUUCUUUCGCAGAUUCCGCCGUUGAUCAAUCUCUAGGUGGGAAUGUUCAAGCAUCGGCGAUUAUUUUUCCCGUUGAUGCAAUCGCUCCUCCGCCGGUUAGAUCUAGCUCUUACAAGACAAUCCGCCGGAUCCGUAAGAAGCGGCGUACGAAGCGAGUUUCGUUUGGUGGUGAUUCGGAAGACGGUGGUGGUGAUUUUGGUCGUUUUAUCUUAGAAGGUGGUGAUUUCGGUGGUAACGACGGUCCUUUCGGGUUUGGCGAUGGAGGAAGCGAUGGAGGAGGAAAGGGAUGGAACUCCGGUGGUGGUGGUUUCGGAGGGGGAAAUUGGGAUGAAUCUUCGUUUUCGUCUUGGUCGGAUCCAGCAAUGGAAUUCGUGUACGAAGUGAUUUGCUGGAUCGCUUUGUCGAAUUGCGUUCAUUUCGCGUUCAAGAGGAUAGUGAGGAUCGUAACGGACGGUGAAAGGGAGAAGUUGAACAUCACGUUAUCUCCGGUGUGCUGA